UUUUAUAAAAUCCAAUUCAUAGUACUACUAAAGUUUUUAUAAUUGUUGUGGACCCCACCUAAACCUUCACAUCCUACCAUAUUUUGUGACGGCCCAAAAAUAAUUGGGCCCCCUUUCUUUUCAAUUUUUUUAUUUUUAAAGAACCAUCCCAAAUUUUAAGGGCACCCCUGUCUUCUUCUCUUACCCCCCAUUUUCCCAACACUCCCAAAAAAAUGAAAUCUCACUCUAUUUUAUUUUCUCUCUCCUAAUUUUCUUGCCCUUCUUUGAUGGGUUUUCCAGCACUAUCUUGGAUGUCUCAGAUUUGAAGAAUUGAAUUCUAUUUACAUCAAUCAAAAAUCAGAGUUCCAAAACUGGUUUCCAGCAGCAGCAUAAUCAUCAUCCGAUUUUCGGGCGCGCUUCCGAGUAACUGAAGAGCAUCAAGGCGAGGGAGAAGAAAAUACAAAUGGUUGCGGCUGAAUCAGAAAUGAUGGUGCAACCAGAAGUUAACUCACCAGCAAUGACAGCAACCAUAGAUCCUCAUCAUAACCCCAAAAGCAGCAACCAUAUAGACCAUAACUCGAACCAUCGCAAUGGCGGCGAACCCAACAAUUAUGUGUUCCCUAGCUUGGGGCGCCAAUCAUCGAUUUACUCUCUCACCUUGGAUGAGUUUCAGCACACCCUUAGUGAGAGUGGAAAGAAUUUUGGGUCAAUGAAUAUGGAUGAAUUCUUAAACAGUAUAUGGACUGCUGAGGAAAAUCAAGCUCAUCAUAGCCAUCAUCAUGAGAAUCCUAGUAAUAUCCAGCUGCCUUCUGUUAAUAUAGCUGCAGCCGCGACUAGUAGGGGGACAGGGGCGAUCACUAAGCAGCCGAGCUUACCAAGGCAAGGCUCCCUCACUCUGCCUGCACCGCUGUGCAGGAAGACUGUCGAUGAAGUUUGGACUGAGAUUCAGAGGAGUCACCAGCCUGAGGAUGAUCAGCAGCAGAAUCAGCAGCAACAGAUUGAAACUACCAGUUCUGCUCAGCGCCAAGCGACCUUUGGAGAGAUGACUCUAGAGGAUUUCCUGAUUAAGGCGGGUGUAGUUCGGGAACAAUGUGGGACAGCGCCACAAACACCGUUGGCAGCAGUAGCUCCUGCUCCACCACCAACGCAGCACCCGCCUCAUCAUCAGUAUGGGUUUAGUACUGCUCCCCAGAUGGGUCCUACAUUUGUCACACGGCCUAUGAUAGGAAUGGCCCCAGGGGGAGCCUACCAGCCUAUGCCGCCAAGCGCUGGAGAGAGUUCUGGGUACACGGGGAAUGGAAAGAGGAAUAAUGGGUAUCCAGCUCCAGUGGUGGGGCCUUCAGUGGCAUGUUAUGGAGGUAGGAUGAAUAAUGGAGGGGCACCAGGUGGAGGUUUUGCACCUGGACCUGGCUUGUCACCAGUUAGCCCAGUUUCACCAGAGGGGAUGUGUGGACCUGGUCAGGUGGACAACCCUGGUGGACAGUACGGGUUGGACAUGGGGGCGUUGCGAGGGAGGAAGAGGAUAAUUGACGGCCCAGUCGAGAAGGUGGUCGAGAGGAGGCAGAGGAGGAUGAUAAAAAAUAGAGAGUCCGCCGCCAGGUCUAGAGCAAGGAAACAGGCGUAUACAGUAGAGUUGGAAGCAGAAUUGAACCAGUUAAGAGAGGAAAAUGCACAAUUAAAGCAAGCCCUGGCGGAAAUUGAGAGACAAAGAAAGCAACAGUAUCGCGAGGAGCAGAACAUACAGGUAAUACUAAGCAGGGCACAACGAGCUCAAGAUAAACUGAGAGCGAUGAGGAGGAGUCGAAGCUCAACCCUUUAGAUUGAAAGAGAAACCAGAAUUCUGAUAUAGUACUAGUAAUUAGCUAGUCUUAUUAUGGAAGUUGAUCUUCAGAGAUUAAUAAUGUAGUUUUAGUUGUUCUUUUAGGUUAUAUUAUAUACAAAGCAAAAUACCUUAUUUCCUAGUGAUGCUCUUCUGUUGUCUAAUUUGAUCUUUGGAAUGUUGUAAAUAUUUUCUUUUUUCCUAUUAGCAGGUAUUAACUGAAAAAAUUGUACAUGGAUUUGUUCUUCUUCUUCUAGAGGCUUAAUGUAUUACAAACUUAACAGGACCAGUUGAUUCUAGUCAAAUUACAAAUAAUGUUGCUUGAUA